GCACACGCACACGCACACGCACACGCACACACCACGCGUCGCUCAACAUGAGUAGCAAGGCUGCGGCGUCAGAUGACCAGAAGAAGGCAUCUGCAGCGCCUGACACGACAGCAGCAUUGACCACCGUGGUAAAGGUGGAGACAGAUGACAAGUACCAGAACGUGCGCAUUGAUGACUUGCCGAUUAAGAAGUCCCUUCGCAAGCAGUGCAAGCGCAUGAAGUACACAGCUGCGCGUGCCGUGCAAGCAGCCUGCAUCCCACACAUUCUCCGAGGAGAGGACGUGUAUGCGGCUGCGAAAACGGGCAGCGGCAAGACGGCUGCGUUUGCGCUCCCAAUUUUGGACCGGCUUAUGGAGGAUCCCUAUGGCAUCUUUGCGGUCGUGCUGACGCCAACCAGGGAACUUGCGUACCAGAUUGCAGACCAGUUCUACACGUUUGGCAAAGUGGCCAACUUGCGGCAUUGCAUCAUCACCGGCGGCGUUGAUAUGGUUGAAGAGCAGAAUGCGCUGUCUCGCUUACCGCAUGUGGUUGUUGCAACGCCUGGUCGUCUCGCCGCACACAUCACCAGCGGCGCAGAGGUCGACCUCUCCAGAGUGCAGUUUCUUGUGCUUGAUGAGGCGGAUCGCCUCAUGACCAACGCCUCCAUGCAGCCCGAUCUCACCACCAUCUACAACGCACUGCCCCCCGAGCGCCAGAAUCUCCUCUUCUCGGCAACGCUGCUGGACGAGCCUGCCGGCCCCAUUGCACACCAGCUCCACCAGCCCCUCUACAGAUUCGCCGUGCGUCACACCGCUGUGCUUGAGGGAGAGAGGACGCGUGCGGGAGAAGGAGGCAUGGCGCUGUCGCUCGUGGCGCCGCGCGACUUGACGCUCCUCAAGGCCGUGGAGAAGGACAUCCACGUGCGCAUGGACCAGUUUGAGCUUCAGAAUGACGAUGUGGUGAAGAACUUGAACCGGGCAGUCCUUGCAUACAAAGAAGGUCUGUGGCCCUUUGAGCUCGAUGCGUUUGGUUGA